UCUGCAGGCGCCGGAGAGCCGGGGUGCGGGUCGGUGGGAGCUUUUCAGCGCCCGCGGGGUUUCGGUGCUACUAGGCUGCCCGGUUCUCUGGGCAGUGGCUGGGCGUCCGCGGCGGCCGGGGAGGGAGCGCGAACCCCGAGAUCCGGGGAAGAGGCUGUGCCGGAGGGGCACCCGGAGGAACCCAGUUAUGUGGCCGCCGCCGCUGCUGUGGCUGCUGCCGCUGCUGCCCUGGGCACCCACGGAAGCCGGGCCUGUGACCGUGGGUGUGCUGGCGCCGGCGCAGGUACAUGGCCUCCUGGGCGACACUGCAGAGCUGUCCUGCCAACUGCCGCCACUGGAGCAUGCGGUGCACGUGACACAGGUGACCUGGACCCGGCGGGAUGCGGCAGGAGAGGACUUCAAUGUGGCGGUCUUCCACCCCACGCAGGGCCCCAGCUUCCCGGAGCCUGGGCGGUUGGAGUUUGUGGCUGCCAGGCCCGGUGAGGAGCUGCGGGACGGGUCACUGGCCCUGCGGGGACUGCGCGCAGAUGAUGAAGCCAACUACACCUGCCGCUUCGCCAUGUUCCCCGAGGGCAGCAGGGGUGCCCAUACCUGGCUCCGGGUGUUGGCCCAGCCCGAGAACAAGGCAGAGCCCGAGGAGGUCCCGUUCAGCCCGCUCAGCCCAGAGCCUGUGCCCGUGGCCCGCUGUGUCUCCAGUGAGGGUCGCCCACCCGCCCGCAUCUCCUGGCCACACCUGGACGGCCAGGCCAGUGAGAGCCAGGUGCCUGGACACCUGCCUGGCACGUUCACCGUCAUCAGCCUCUUAACCUUGAUCCCCUCGAGCAAGGUGGACGGCAAGAAUGUCACCUGCAGAGUGGAACAUGAGAGCUUGAAGAAGCCCGUCCUGCUGCCCGUGACUCUCGCUGUGCCUUACCCUCCUGAAGUCUCCAUCUCCGGCUAUGAUGGCACUUUAUACAUGGGCCACAGUGAGGUCACUCUGAACUGUGACGUCCGCAGCAAACCAGAGCCCACAGGCUAUAACUGGAGCACGACUGUGGGUCCCCUGCCGCCCUCUGCUGUGGCCCAGGGCUCGCAGCUCCUGAUCCAUACCGUGGACGAGUCAAUCAACACGACUUUCAUCUGCCGUGUCAGCAACGCCCUAGGGACUGGCCAGGCAGAACUGAGCAUCCUGGUCAGAGAAAAACCUCCCAACAAGCACGGCUUGUCCACUGUGACCAUCAUCAUUUGCGGAGCUGUGGCCGGGAUCAUUGUGGUCCUGGGGUUGCUGAUAUAUUUCUUGCUGCGCAGACUCUCCCGUCAGAACCGACGCAGCUCCACUGCUAAUGGCCAUGUCAUCUAUACAGCUGUGAACCCCGAUGCCAGCUCCUCCCGGGAUCCACAGACAAACAGCACCAGGUGACAAGGUGACAGUGUCACCACUGUUGGAGAGAGACUGGGGCUGGGGAGGAAUGGACUUUGCAGCUGGACCCCUGGCCCAGUGGAUGCAGUCUCCCUUCAAAGAGAGUGGCCACCCUUCUCACGCCAGACCUCAAGACCCACAGUGGCAGGUGCAAGUCCAGCUGUCCCCACGACCCCUCCCUCUCAGGUUCAGUUAUUCACCGGAAGGAAUCCCAGAACUCAGGAAAGUGGUUGUGCUCAUGGUUACAGUUUACUACAACGAAAGUAUGAGAUUAAGAUCAGAAGCAUGAAAAGUUGCAUGAGGCACCAUCCAGAAGAGUCUUGGCACCACCUUUCACUUGCAUUGACAGUACUGACUUUUCCUGGCAAUGAUAUGUGUCAACACAGAGUCCUGCCAACCGAAGAAGCUCAGCUGAGCCUUGGUUUCCAGGGUUUUUAUUGGGGAGUCCAUCAUUGCAGACACUGGCUGACCACCCAUGGAACUGACUUAGUCUCCAGCACCUCCCUAGGGCAAAGCCUCACUAUAAAUCACACUGUUAGGAUAGACUCACUGAUGCUGCCCACAGCCCCAGGCAAAAUAAGACUCUUAUCAGCCAGGAUACUCCCAGGGGCUUAGAGAUUCCCUUCCUCCCAGAGCCAGGGGCAAAGGAAAGGGCUAAAUCUCACUUUGGGCAAGAUUAACCCUUUCCUGCAUUGUCAUUGUGGGGCCACACAGACUAUUGCAAGUGCCAGCAAAGUUUUGUAAGAAUCUGACCUCUGGCCUUGAACUUCUGAAUCUCCAUGUCAGUGGAAUCCCUGUGGUUACAAGAAAGAGCUGCCAGCCUUGUCCAGAAGAGAAGCCGAGGCUGGAACUCAGCUGCUCAGGGCACUCUGAGGAGCAGAAACAAUGGUAGACAUAAACUUGGAGGAUGCAAGUUCCUGGUACCUUCUGCCAAGACUUGGGGCCUGGCAUUGACAGGACAUCGGAGGUUGACAGGACAUCAGAGAAGGGGAGCCAGUACCCCACCAAAGAAAGCAAAAUGUCAAAAACAAGGAGGAAAAGGUUCUAGGAGAGCAGAAACCACAUCUGUGCAAGCCAUACUGACGGCCCUCAGACCAGGGAGGAUACAGCCCAACAUCCCAGAGGGAGAACUUCUCAGGUACAACUGACCCAUUUCUUUUACAACAGACUCUGACCUUGGAGGCAGGCACCAGAAUCCCUCAGACCAGGGAGGAUACAGCCCAACAUCCCAGAGGCAGAGCUUCUCAGAUACAACUGACCCAUUUCUUUUACAACAGACUCUGACCUUGGAGGCAGGCACCAGAAUUCCUCUAACAGUGAGACCUGCCUGUUGGGGAAGUACUUGGCAGGAAAGACCACGGGCCAGGAUGCUAAACUGGAGCAUGAGGCAUGAGCUGCUGUACAAGAGAAAACAAGAAGUUCUUGGGAUUCACUCAGGGUAGAAGGGAGAGUGUGAACAGCCUCCAUAAGGGGUAAGUGGUAGGGAUGGCAAGGAGAGAUAAAUGGGAGGUUGGCCACAUUGCUACUACAUGAACCCCUGUCCAGCCCCCAGCCCCAAAUACUUUCUUAAAGUUAAUUUAUUACACCUCAAGUGUCUGUGUGCAGGGGAGGUCUUUCAUAGGAAUUGGAGACAGGCUGUUUUGUGUGAACAAAACCAAAGGUGUGGGAGCAAGAACCUGAGUCAAGGGGUCACUUGGGUGUCUCAAUGGGUUAAGUGUCUGAUCCUACAUUUUUUAAAGAUUUUAUUUAUUUAUUUAUUUAUUUAUUUGAGAGAGAAUAAGCAGAAAGGAAGGGCAGAGGGAGAGAGAAGCAGAUUCCCCACUGAGCAGGGAGACUGAUGCAGGACUCAAUCCCAGAACCCCAGGAUCAUGACCUGAGCCCAAGGCAGACGCUUAACCCACUGAGCCGCCCAGGUGCCCCUAAAUAGCACAUUUUAUUUUAAGAUUUUAUUUAUUUACUCAUGAGAAACACAGAGAGAGAGGCAGAGACACUGGCAGAGGGAGAAGUAGACUUUCCGCAAGGAGCCCGGUGUAGGACUCGAUCCUGGGACUGCAGGAUCACACCCUGAGCCAAAGGAAGAUGCUCAACCGCUGAGCCACCCAAGCAUCCCUGAAUAGCAUAUUUUGGAUGGAGGAAUUGUAUCACCACAAACUUAGUGGCUUAACACACAAAAUUCUUCUCUCACAGUCUGGAGGUCAGAAGUCCAGAGUCUCACUAGGCUAAAAUCAAGGUGUUAGCAGGGCUGGAGGCUCCUCCUCUGGAGGCUCCAGGGGAGAAUCCAUUCCCUGCCUCUCCAGCUUCUAGGAGUGCUGCUGGCAUCCCUUUUCAUAUGGCCCAUCCUAUGGCCUUUCCUCCCCCUGCUCCCACCUCCCUCCUCCAAAUUUCUUGCCUCUCUCUUUAUAGAACCCUGUAAUCACACCAGGCCCACUCGGGUCAUCCAGACUGAGCUCCCUAUCUCAAAGUCCUCAACAAGAUUUUAUUUGUUUGAGAGAGAGAGCGCAUGAGUACAAGCAGGGGAGCAGCAGACAGAGGGAGAGGGAGAAGCAGGCUUCCCGCUGAGCAGGGGCCUGAUGCGGGGCUGGAUCCCAGGAUGCUGAGAUCAUGACCUGAGCCAAAGGCAGACGCUUAACCCACUGAGCACCCAGGCACCCCCAGACACUUGUUCUGCACCUUUCUUUUAUUACUAAGGUUUCUGGGAAUUCUAAGAGAGUGUCUUUAGUCUUUUUACAAAAAGUCACAUAGUGGGGUACCUGGGUAGCUGAGGACUUUUUCAACCAAGCCCCUACUGGACAGGCGUUUGUAGUAUUUCUGGCCCUUUACCAUUACAGUGUUGUAAUGAGUGGCCUUACGCGCUGUCACACCCCAGCUCAUGUUGACACAUGAGUGUAGGACAUACUUCCAGAGGUGAAAUUGCUAAUCAAAGAAUAUGUGCCCCUGCUGUUGUGAUAGAUACUAUAAAUGGUCCUUCCUAGAAGCCUCUCUGCUGGGCAAUGAUGGAUGUGACCACUGGUUUCGGUGGGGGGAGCAUCUGUGAAUUCCACAAGAGUCAGGAGUGGAGAGCAGACCCAGAAUUUUGGUAUAGGAGUCAGAAAAACUUCACAUAAAAUUGAGAAAAAACCUGAUGAUCAAUAUUGGAGAAGGAAGGGGACAGUGUCUGAUGGAGAGCCUAAAAUAGCCCCAAACCCUCCCUCAGCUGACUCUGCUCCUACUGGGAGGAAAAGGAGUUCUGAGCCAAUGCUCAAAAGGCUACAUAGUGUAGGAUUCCGUUUGCAGGAAAUGUCCAGCGUAGGCAAAUCCAUAGAGGCAGAAAAGCCAUCAGUGGUGGCCAAGGCCUGAGGGAAGGAGGUGACAGUGAAGGACUGCUUAAUGGGUUCAAGGAUUCUCUUUGGCACGAUUGAAAAAACGUUCUGGAAAUAGUGGUGAUGGUUGCACAGCACUGUAAUGUAUUAAAUGCCACUGAGCUGCACAUUUUAAAUUGGUUAAAAUGAGGGGCGCCUGGGUGGCUCAGUCGGUUGCUCAGUCCGUUGAGUGUCUGACUCCUGAUUUUGGUUCAUGUCAUGAUCUCAGGGUCGUGAAUGGAGCCCUGUGUCGGUUUCCACGCUGAGCACGGAAUCUGCUUGAGGAUUCUCUCCCUCUCCCUCUCUGUUUCAAAUAAGUAAUAUAAUAUAAUAUAAUGGUUAAAAUUAUCAAAAAAUAAAUGUGGUUAAAAUGAUCAAUUUUUUUUUUUAAUUUUUUAAAAGAUUGUAUUUAUUUAUUCAUGAGAGAUACAGAGAGAGAGGCAGAGACACAGGCAGAGGGCGAAGUGGGCUCCCUGUAGGGAGCCCCAUGCGGGACUUGAUCCCAGGGCCACAGGAUCAUGACCUGAGCCAAAGGCAGACGCUCAACCACUGAGCCACCCAGGUGCCCCAAAAUGAUUGAUUUUAUAUGUUAGUUUUACUACUAUAAGAGAAAAAAACUUUAAAAAUUUUUAUAGAAAAAAAUGUUUCCCAGCUCUUAGGAGCCGAAUUUUUAAGAACCAAUUAAAUUCAUGAAGUGAAGGAUGGGUGAAUUUUUUUUGAAGAUUUUUAUUUAUUUAUUUUUUUGUGAGAGAGAGAGAGCAUGAGCAUGGGUGGGGAGGGGAGGGAGAAGCAGACUCCCCGCUGAGUAGGGAACCUGUCGUGGGGCUGGAUCCUGGGAUCAUGACCUGAGCUGAAGGCAGAUGCUUACCCACUGAACCACCCAGGUGCCCCAAGGAUGGGUGAAUCUUAAAGAAAAAAAUAGUAUUCUAACUUUUAAGGAGAACAGUUCUUUAAUGAGUCUUUAUAAGCACAAUAAGGCAGACUUUCUUCAAGGGGAGGGGCCGUUGCAAUAGAGCCAUUGCUACGGGAUCUUGUGGGGAGUGGGUGGGGGAUUAGAUUCAGCUCUGAACACAGCAAGGACAAGUAGGACUUUAUAACCAAGGAGCAGGUGGGGGGCAGCAGGUGGGAUAUUACUAAGAUGUAAAUCAGAUGUAAGGGGGAUCCUGGCUAACCUAACCUGACAAGAUUCUUACUGAAGACAGACCAGGAUGACCAGACAUCACCUGGGGAGUGGGGGGAGCCGAGAGGAUGAACCUAUCAGACGUGGAGGGCAAGUGCUAUCAAGGGCCGAUAGCUGACUUAGGAGGAUACUUGCCAAAUUUGGACAAAACAGACAUGAACACAGACCUCAUAGGAAGUGUGCUGGGGAGCCUAGGUAGAGGCCAGUCGAUGAGAGAAUCUCCAUCAGUAUAUAAAAAUGUGAUGGUGAGAAUGCUUCAGGUUCGUUCCAAGAGCAGAGAGUGCCCCUCUCCCUGCUGCUCCCCAGGCCCAGAUUAAAAACAAGGAACCGGAUUGUCUGUUUCUACUCCAGACACCGUGUGUGGAGUUCAGCUCUGCUACUCUGCUGUUUGUUCUAUUUUCCACCACUCGUUGGCAUCAUCCUCAGGCUGGUGCCAAGAUGGCUGCUGCAUUCCUGCCAUCACAACCAGACCCAGACCUGGAAAAACAGACCAGCGUGUCCUGGGUGAAGUUCCCCAGCAGCCUCUUCUCGGGCAUCAUUGGCCAGUGUCAUCCACUGCUCAACCAAUCCCUAGAGAAGAGGACUGCUUGGGAGGCUUGGACCACUCGGGACCUGUCCUCUGGGGUUGGGGAAGAGCCCAGAGGAAGGCUGCAGAAGGGACAACAGAAGUCUGGACCUCUGGUAUUUAUUAGCAGUGACUCUCUGGGUAGUUGGAAGAUGACUGAAUGUUACUCUCUUCUUUUUGAGCUCAUACUGUCUAAAUUUUCCAUAUUAAACCUUGACUUUUAAUAA